AUUAGCUGCAAAGUGAAGCAGCUGACAACGUUGCAUUUGUUUCCUAACUUUCUCUCUCUCUCUCUCAAUCAUCGUCACCUUCGUAAAUCCUUAACUUUUUAUUCUCUGUCUAAACUCUAUAGCACCGUUCUCUCUCUCUCUCUCUCUCUCUCUCUCUCUCUCUCGUUUUACAGUUAAUAGUGAUGAUUCUGGCAUUCAUACCAUCUUUUUCUUUUUCUUUUUUCUUUUCUGGUUUCAGAUGGUACUCAAAUCAUAAGAUAUAAAAGUGAACCGGGAGAAAUCAUUCCAUCAAAGCCAGCAGCACUAUCUCUUAGGAACUCCGUUUCUUGGACUUUUCCCGUAUUCUUAGUUUCUCCAAAGUACUCCAAACCCACCACAACAUUUAUAUAUCAUCACAAUUGUUCUCCAUCGGUAAUAAACUCGCAUUUGCUCAUCUCCCCCCGCCCUGCUGCUGCUGGCCCAGCAAGCAAGACGCCCUCCUCACAGUGGUAAUAAUAAGAACAGGAGGAGCCAACUAAGCAGAUACGUGUUACUGAUUGUGUGUAAAUCUGCAUUCAGUACUCCCCUCAUCUUGUGCGAUCGAUCUCUGCCGCAGGCGCACGUAUAUGCGUCUCCCUCUAGCAAUUGCGAGGAUCACGAGAGGAAUAGAGUGAUUACAGAUUUCUGUUCUUUUCUCUUUCGUUUCUGGAAGAAAAUUGUAGUAGUGCGGCAGUGGAGGGGAGAAUUAACUGAAUCAGUAUGCAACAUCAGCAGCAGGAAGGCGGUGGAGGGCCUCAGUCUUUAGGUGGUUAUCCCCAAGUCCAACCCCAAUCAGCGCCCCCGGAGGUGGUAAUCAGUAGCGACGAGCAUCAGAAAUUUGGAGAUCUGGGAAUUGCAGAAGCAGCCUCACCCAUAAGCAGCCGACCUCCGGCUCCGGGAGCCAUUGCCAAUAAUGAUUUCGAAGAAGUGAUACGAGCGACGGCGGAAGGUGCAGGUGGCGCCUCCGGGAACAGGUGGCCGCGUCAGGAGACUUUGGCCCUUCUGCAGAUUAGGUCUGAAAUGGAUACAGCAUUCCGCGAUGCCACCCUUAAGGGUCCUCUCUGGGAACAAGUUUCCAGAAAACUAGCGGAGCUGGGAUACAAAAGGAGUGCUAAAAAAUGCAAGGAGAAAUUCGAAAAUGUCCAUAAAUAUUACAAACGAACAAAGGAAGGGCGUGCGGGCCGUCAGGAUGGCAAGAGCUACAAGUUCUUUAGCCAACUCGAGGCUCUCCAACAUAGCACGGCUACAGCCAUUCCCACCACCCACAGCCCCUUGCAGGUUCUUCCGAGGAUUCCGAAUCACCCUACCUCCGUCUCCCUCUCAUUACCGCCUGCGGUAAUGCCUCAACCGGAAGGCGCCCAUCCUCCUCCUGCUGCAGGUGCUGGAACUGCUGCUACUCGAGAUGCGCCGGCAGUUUCAUUAUUUAAUGCAUUUGGAGUAAGUUCCUCAUCCAACAGCUCCUCAUCCUCGGAAGGGGAAGAUGAUCAAGACGAGGACGAGGAAGAAGAUGUAGAAAUGGAAUUGACUGGCAACCCACACAACCGCAAACGCAAGAGGAGCCACCGUGCCGGCAGCGCGGAUAAUGAUGAGAGAAUGAUGGACUUCUUUGAGGGUUUAAUGAAGCAGGUAAUGCAGAAGCAAGAAGCUAUGCAGCAGAAAUUUCUAGAAGCCAUAGAGAAAAGAGAGCAAGACAGGAUGAUCAGAGAAGAAGCUUGGAAGAGGCAAGACAUGGCAAGGCUUGCUCGGGAACACGAGCUCACGGCUCAGGAGCGCGCAAUCUCUGCGUCCAGGGACGCUGCCAUUAUUGCGUUCCUACAGAAAAUUACUGGACAGACCAUCCACCUGCCCACAGCCGUUCCUCGAAACCCCCCACCCUCAGUGCCGGUCUCGCAACCUCCACCCUCUGGACCCCAACAGCAGCCCACCUUUCCGGAACAACAGCAAUCUCUGAGCCAAACCCAUCCAAAACGACGUGAUCAACAAGGUGUUUCUUCUCAUCAUCCCCUGCAGACUCAAACUCUUGAAAUUGUUGAAGCCCACGAUCAGCUUCAGAAUACUUCUGAGACGGUGGCGGCUGCAAUACCUGAGCAACAGAUGCCAUUACUAGAUUUUACAGGCGGCAGCAGCAGCUUGGAGGUAACCUCCUCAAGAUGGCCAAAAGCGGAAGUCCUAGCUUUAAUAAAGUUGAGGAGCAGCCUGGAGUCCAGAUAUCAGGAGGCAGGGCCUAAGGGGCCUCUGUGGGAAGAGAUCUCUUCAGGUAUGCAGCGAAUGGGCUACAACAGAAACGCCAAGAGAUGCAAGGAGAAGUGGGAAAACAUCAACAAGUACUUCAAGAAAGUAAAAGAAAGCAACAAAAAGCGGUCCGAAGAUUCCAAAACCUGCCCUUACUUUAAUGAACUUGAUGCGUUAUAUCGGAAAAAAGUCAUUGGAAACACUGGUGGCAACGUGACUGGUGCUGGAGGUGGUGGUAGUAGCGGGAUUCUUGGUAGCUUGCCUGAGCAAGAAAAGCAACAACAGCAACAAGGUAUAGGAAUGCUGUCAUUGGAAUCGUUGAAAGCAAAUGUAUCGGAGGAUAAAGAUGGAGCCAAAACUCAGGCGCAGACAAGCAGUGUAGGAGCCUAUUCAUCCGGCCUCUUUGGGGAACAAAGUCAGGGUAAUAUUGGAGGAGCAAAGCAGCCAGAAGACAUGCUAAAGAAGCAACAUCAACAAAGCCAUGGAGAUAUGGUUGACGACAGUUACAACAAUGUUGAAUGCUCUAAUAGUGAUGGCCUUGCUCAGGAGAAUGACGAGGACAAUUAUGAGGAAGUUGAUGAAAAUGAAGGUUAUGAUGAUAAGACAGAAGAAGAAAUUAAAAUGGCUUACAAGAUAGGAUUCCAGAGACAGAACGUAGGCUCCUCCGGUGGUGGUGGGACGACAGCAUCAACCACUUUCAUGGCCAUGGUUCAGUAAUCCUUGCUCAGGACACAACUGAUCAGUUGUUUACAAGGUUGACGAACAGAUACCGAACCUCGUUCAUCAGAAGUUGUACCGUAUAUAUGCAUCUUCUCCUUUUCUUUCACAAAUUCAUUAAGACUACCAACUUCUUGUCCUCAGCACUUGCAUGUUGGACAACAUGCGUUUGCUGGGAUGAGAACAUACUGUGCAUUGCAGUUGUAUGGUGAUUUAUUGAUUUGUUUGGCCAAUAAUUAGAGAGAACCGUUUCGAGGCACAAGGAUUGGGUUAGAGUCUUCUUAAGUAAUAAGCUCAGGGACAGGAGCAGGUACGUACAGGGAAUUUUCGAUUUGCAAACGUUAAAAGCUUCUUGUUAGAACACUUCAGAAUUUGGAGUGGAUGAGGAGCUUUGUGGGCUUUUUCGUUAAGAACUUCUGUCAAUUGUACAAUCAUAUAUAUCAACGAAAACCGCCUUCAUUA